AUGGAGAAAGAGCGGGAGCACCAGACGGAAAAUCCAAUAGCUAUGACCCACUUCAAGUUCCAUGAAGCUGUUACAGUAGAGGAAUUGUUCUCGGUUUUGGAGGCUUUGUUGACUGUUACAACAGGCCAGAUCUAUGUUAUUGUUAUUCUUGGGCUGCUAGAUCAGAAAAAGUCUGGCUCCUCCGGUUUUGCGUGGACACAAGCCUUUGGGCAUUCCUUUAAGAAAAUAUCUGAGAGAGCUUCUUCCACAAAGGAUAAGGUUCUCUUGGCCAACUACGGUACUCUCUGUUUUCAGUUGACCUUGGAGGAACGUGCCAGAUCUGUGAUUCCGUUGAAAGUACAGGUUGCUACAGUCCGUCAACGGAAAGCGGGAAGAGGCCCGCGAUUACAACAGAAAGAUCUACAUGUAAAAGUUCUGCCCAGUGCACAUUUGAAGAGAACGAUUGAGACAAGGAGUGCAGUGGACUAUAUCAUUUGCCAUAGACAUGUCCGCAACCAAAGUGGUUCAGUAUUCUACUUUCAUAAAAUGCUUUCAGUAAUUGGGUUUUGUAGGUACGAUCCUGCCAGCGAUUUUGCAAAAAAAAUUUGCAUUCUGAUUAUCGCACCCAAUAAAAUAUCCAGAAACCAUGAAUUGAUUGUAUGUACCAUGUAA